CCCCAAUUGUCCCCGAUUGUCCCCAAUGUCCCCAAUGUCCCCAAUCCCCCCAUAAUGUCCCCAAAGUCCCCCAUUGUCCCCAAGGUCCCUCACCCCCAUGAUGUCGCCAAUUGUCCGGUCGGUGCCAGCGGUGGCCGCGUGUCGGUGCCCGUGCCCUCGGCGGUGACAGUGACACUGGUGGCAGCGGUGGUGGCCCUGUCCUCGUCCUCGCUGUCCCCAAGUUGUCCCAGAUGUCCCCAAUGUCCCCAAUCCCCCACGGUCCCCAACAUCCCCAAUGUCCCCACUGUCUCCAAUCUCCCAACGUCCCCAAUGUCCCCAAUGUCCCUGACAUCUCCAUUGUCCCUCAUGUCUCCCAUGUCCCCAAUGUCCCCAUGCCCGGCGGGUGGCAGCGGUGGCCGCGUCUCGGUGCCCGCGGUGACGCUGGUGGCAGUGACACCGGUCCCCAAUCCCCCAAUGUCCCUGAUGUCCCCACUGUCCCCACUGUCCCCGCUGUCCCCUCUGUCCCCGCUGUCCCUCACC